AUUGGGAGGCCGGGCUGCGCAUGCGUCCUGAGAGGCCCGGCGGUGGCGGCGGCGGCGGCGGCAGCUGUGAGGGGGUUCCCGGAAGAUGGUGCUGAUUAAGGAAUUUCGUGUGGUUUUGCCGUGUUCUGUUCAGGAGUAUCAGGUUGGACAGCUUUACUCUGUUGCAGAAGCCAGUAAGAAUGAAACUGGUGGCGGAGAAGGAAUUGAAGUCUUGAAGAAUGAGCCCUAUGAGAAGGAUGGAGAGAAGGGGCAGUACACACACAAAAUUUACCACCUGAAGAGCAAAGUUCCUGCAUUUGUAAGGAUGAUUGCUCCUGAGGGCUCCUUGGUGUUUCAUGAGAAAGCCUGGAAUGCUUACCCCUACUGUAGAACAAUUGUAACGAAUGAAUAUAUGAAAGAUGACUUCUUCAUCAAAAUCGAAACAUGGCACAAACCUGACUUAGGAACGUUAGAAAAUGUUCAUGGUUUAGAUCCAAACACAUGGAAAACUGUUGAAAUUGUCCACAUAGACAUUGCAGAUCGAAGUCAAGUUGAACCAGCAGACUACAAAGCCGAUGAAGACCCUGCAUUAUUCCAGUCAGUCAAGACCAAGAGAGGCCCCCUGGGACCUAACUGGAAGAAGGAGCUGGCGAGCACCCCUGACUGUCCUAAGAUGUGUGCCUAUAAGCUGGUGACCAUCAAGUUCAAGUGGUGGGGGCUGCAGAGCAAAGUCGAGAACUUCAUCCAGAAGCAAGAAAAACGGAUAUUCACAAACCUACAUCGCCAGCUCUUUUGUUGGAUUGACAAGUGGAUUGACCUGACGAUGGAAGACAUUAGGAGAAUGGAAGAUGAGACUCAGAAAGAACUAGAAACAAUGCGUAAGAAGGGUUCCGUCCGAGGCACGUCGGCUGCUGAUGCCUAGAUGAGUCCCCUGUAGGUCAGAGACAUUUUCAAACUGUCUACGGAGUCAAGGCCAAGUGAGGGGGACAAGUGCAGCCUGUGACGAGUGAAGACGCCACCAGUGUCUCAGUGAUGACUCAAGCUCACGCACGCGUGUGUGUGCACACACACACACACACAGGUUUGUGUGUGUAUGUGUGUAUGUCUGCAGCUAUAUGAAAAACACAUAUGGCUACAGGCCUAGAUACACACAAGUGUAUAUAUGUAUAUGCAAAACAUUGAAGGGAUCAGUACAAUUUCUCCAAAGUACUGUACCGAUCUUCAGCAAAAAUACUAAAGAAAAUAUUUUCAAUAUAUAUACCUGGAACAGAUUUUAAUAAUCAUCAAUGUGAUGCCCUUGAUGGAUAAAUGGACUGCCAUGUGGUGCCAUGUGGUGCUGGCUGGCGUGCUUCCUGAAUGCCAGGUGUGGACCAGUGUGUGUAGUCUUUGGUUAUGUUUCUGUUUUCUCGAGUCACCACACAUACACUUUUAUUUUCAUCCCAUCAGCAAUAGACUCCUACAGAACGAUUUCUUCAAAUUUUUAGAUACUCCAGUGAUCUAGAAAGUCAGCUCUGGAUGUAUUUAUAACUAUUUAUUUCUGGGUGGCCACUAUCUUCCAGCCAAAUCCAACAAUACCCAACGAGUAAGGAGUCAAAGAAAAGCUCUUUACUAGUGUGCCCGAGGGUGGGGAAAUCCUUUUUUAAAAUUGCCACUUUUUAUUGGAUUUUUGUAUUUUGAAUUUCAAGUAUUUUUCUACAUCAAAUCUAGCAAAAACAGUGAUGACGGUUUGUGAUUUAUAAUAAACACUAGACAAUAUUCAGACUCUGGCUAAGCAAACUAGGCGGUAAAGGAAGUAACCCUGCGGGUAGUGCAGGCCUUCUGUGGAGUUUGGUUUCUGGAAUUCCAGUGUGGAGACUAUGCAGACCGUCUGUAUUGCUCUGAGCUCAUAGGGUGGGAGAGUAGUGACAUUUAGCUCUUUUCCUGUUGCAAUCCAAGCCAGGGGGAAAUGCUGACGGGGAGCUAGGAACAGUUUGAGUGUGGUACAGGGCUGUCACCGUCCUGAGGCCCAGCUAGGUCCUCGGCAUUGCUGCCCACACUGCUUCCUCUUCCUCCCCCUCCUCCCUCCCCCCCUUCCUCUUCCUCCUCCUCUUCUUUUUUUAAAGAAUAAUAGGUAAGAUUUUUUUUUUUUUUUUUUUUUUUUUUAUCAACUUUUCUCUCUGAUGCCGUUUUCCCUUGUCAGUCCUGGAAGCCUGACCAGAAUCAUACUGUUGAAGCCUUCAGGUCACACACUGUCUUCUUAACACACUACCCCACAGUCCUCCUCCCCCCACCCCCAGAACACAUCACCCCUGCAGUCAGUCCAUUAGUAACCCCUUUGCUGACAGUCUUGCCCUCCAUGCCCCUCCUCCCAUGUCCUGUGUUCCCGUGGGAGCGAUGACAGAGCUUCCCACCACAUUGCAACAAGUCCCUGUCAUCCUCCGCAACAGACCCUGGGUCCCGUGUGCCCUCUCUGUUCACUUUGUGGGCACUGUUGGGAGAUGGGCUUGGUCACAUCAGUGGAACAGUCACCUGAAGGGUCAUCGCCAACCCCAGGCACUGGAGAACCCAGUCUCUCCCCCAGUGAAACUAACUCAAGCACAUCUGCAGUCUCAUUGGGAGCUUGGGCACACGAGGAAGUGAGAGCCUGGUGUGGACUCUAAUGUUUUUCUAACAACUGUGGAGAUUGAGGGGAUGUGUGGUGAAUGUAAAAUACCCCGUUGACUUGGCAGUCUCUUGUGUAAAUUACAGUAAAACAAAGUAAGUGACAUUGAAACAAAAAUAAAUUUGAUCACAAAAUGC